GUACCCGUUAGCUUAAGGAACCAGGACAAGCUGCUACUUAAGGCUCGUCUGUUACGGUCAAAAGUGAUCCGCAUCCGUCAUGCUCUAGAGCAAGAAUCUUAAUAUCAGUAUAUAUAAACGCGACGAGCACACAGACAAAACAGGUUUACUGACCAGAGUACGACAAGCACGGUGAGUGCUGAAUAAUGUCAGUGGAUUGAUAACCACGAGUCGCCAGACAAUAUUAUUACUGAACUAGAAUCUAGACCAUUUACCUUCCGUUGCACUCGGCGGCGUAACUUCAAAGUCGCUUGCAUCAACUCUUGGCGUCGAGUGAAAGAGAUGGACGGGUGAUUUAAUACGGGUCGGGAAAGUGGACUGGAUACCACCUCACAUCAUGGAUGCUACCGCUUCUAGCACCUCCUUGUCUUUUGAAGUCGCAGCAUUCAAUGCAUCCAUCAUUGUUGGACCGGUGGUGUUGGGCACACUUGUUGACACCUGCCUCUUUGGCUGUCUCGUCGUCCAGACUUAUGUGUAUUAUGCGAAUUUUGCCAACGACCAUCGAGCGAUUAAGUUCACGGUAGCAGCAGUCUUCGCAACACAAAUUGCACAUGUAAUGUGUGUAUCGGCGACACUGUGGAACACUACUGUCAGCGCAUACGACGACCCUUCGGAACUUCAGAUACUCCCAUUGGCAGCAGCCGCGACUAUCCUCUUCACUGGAAUUACAGGGGCACUCGUUGAAUCGUACUUUGCUUUUCGACUAUGGAAGGUUUCGAAAAAACUUCUUCUUCCCUUUCUCUCCCUGGUACUCUGCACAAUAGCUCAGGCUAUCUCACUCGUGAUCACGGUGCAAGCUUUCAAAACGACAAGCAUUGCGGUAUUCGAAAUCGAUCAAAACAUGUCGAUCACGCUUGCGCUCACGUCGCGUGUGCUCUGUGACCUGAUACUUACCCUGUCCAUGGCGUGGUACUUGAAGAAGCAGCGGUCGCAAUAUCCAAGGCAAGCCACAUUACUUCCAAUUCGUGCCGCUGUAAUCAUUUUGCAGGACGACAAACAUGAUUGA